GCCCGAAUUUGGUAACCAUAUGUUUUACAGUCCGACAAUUGCCGAAAUGAUGUUCAUUUAAUUUCAAUAAUUAUUUGAAAUCAAGUGAUAUAAAUGUUUACAUUCAUUUAUUCAUUGGGUAUUACUAAAUGUUUAUCAAAUAAUUAAAAAUUUCUUUAUAAAUUAAUUAACAAGUCUCUCAAGUAAUAGCAAAUUGAAAAAUUGAAAUUUACGUAAAUCCAAAAUCCUACGAAAUUAUCCUAAACUAUACAUCUGUAAAAAUUAAAAUUAACUAAUUAGUCUUAAUUUGAACUUAGCAUUUAUUCAUCAUAUCAGUCAAAUUCUUCACCUCCGAAUUUGUCAAUAAUUUUCGAAAGCUUAAAUACUAGUCAGCUAUUUGUUUUGAGAUCAUAUAAUCACAUAACAUUCAAUAAGUCCAUCAGUAGCUCACCAACCCUUCCUAACAAAUGAGUUACAAUACCUCUUCUCGUCCUCCACCAUAUCAUGCUACAAUAUGUGCCCGGGUUGGAUGUCAGAAUUCCUGUCUUGUGAAUACCAAUAAUAAAACUUAUCUCUUCUGUAGUGUCAACUGUGCUAAACUUUAUCAAAGAGACAUGACUCUAACAAGGUGCAAUACUUGUCAGAAUCAAUUCUACGGCACGAUGUGCCCUUAUUGUUCGCAUUCUUCUUGCAUACGAGGUUCUCGACAGCCACGACGAAAUAUUAGGCUUGAAAGUGCACAUUAUUCAAUUUCUGUCCAGGAAAAUACUCCAUUGUUGCAAUCUCAAUCUUACGAUAACAAUGAUGAUGAGUGCGGAGAAUUUAUCGGUGGAUGUUGCGGAUGUUGUUGCAUAAUCAUUAUUUUAAUUAUUGUGUUUCUCUCCGGGGUUUGGUCAGCAAAUCAUAUACAUAUUCAUGAUUUGUUAUUCCCUUAAAUAAUUUGCCAUUUAAAAGUAUUCCGAUUUCAGAUAUAUAAAUAUAUAUUAUAAACCAUAUUGUCGAUAUUUCAUAAUAUUUAAAUGUCUUAAUUUCAUCUUUUUCAGCUUUUUUUCCAACCUAGCUAAUGAA